GCACUAUGCAGUAUGCACUACGCACAGUCGCAUCUCAUACAGACGCAGUACGCAGUACGCUCAUAGACGAGUAGCUGGUAAUUGGUAUACUACGUAGGAGUAUACGCGUUUACACAAUGAAUCGAAUCUUCGUUUCGACGGAAUGUAUCCGUCUUGUCGUUGUCAUAUAUGAAUAUAUGAUGAUAAAAGAAAAUAACAAUUGAAAUUGAUAACAGACGAAGGCGUGUAUUCACUUUAAUCACAGUGCCGAGGACGAAAAAGUCAACAGUCAACAAUAGUCAAUAUUAUACAGUAAUACUUAGUACUUACAAAAUGGACGUAGUAGAUAUUUUUUUUUCUAGAUAAUACAAAUACAGAGUAUACAUUAAUACUCUAUACAUAAACGCGUAACGUUGAUAGAAGACAACGUAAACAUAAAUCAUGAUCUUUCACAAUAGUGACUUUAGUUAAUCGAUCAGAAUAAUUCGUGGUCUUCAAUCUUCACGAUUUGCAUCUGAUCUUUUCACGCACACCGGAAGUGCGGAAAUGCAUUUGAAAUGGAAGCCUACUAUAUGUGGGAGCGUGUCCAUUUAACCGAGGAUAUGAGUCGGUCAUGCAGCUCCUGCGACUGUGUCACGUAUUCGUAUUUCUUGAUAUCCAUUUUUUUGUUCACAUUGGGCUCCAUUAUAUCGGUGUUCUCGUUCGGGGCAUUUGAUGACACUGUCUUCGCCAACUUGGGCCACAUGUGGAUGGUUGGACCGCUGUGCAUCUGUUCGGCCGUUAUGAUCGGCAUCAGAAAUGUACUGUACUUACGUAGGCGUCGUAUCAUCGACAUGGUCAUCCGCCAACAGAUAGAGGACAUAAGAUCUCAACAAGGGCAGUUGACAGACACUCAACAACAGUAUUCGUUACCAAUACGCACUGUGAGUGAACUUACAUUGCCCCCGUCUUAUGAACAGUUGAUUGGCAGUGAAGAAGGGAGUGACUUACCACCACCUUCGUAUGAAGAAGCUAUAGUUAGCAUGUCAAAGGAAUCGACAAAAAGUGAUAACAUUAUUGUCCUCAAUUAUUCUGUUAAAUGAUUGUGCGAAUAUAUCUUAAUUGUGGAGGUGUAUGAUGGAAAUAAUUACAUUAUUAACAAUAACAUAUUUUCUAUUCUGGACAUACAUCUUUCUCGAAAAUAAUAUUCAAUCAUCCAAUCGAAACAUUGGUAUAAAUUACAAUCGCUUUUAUUAAUUAGAUAUAAAUCGAUAAUACCUUCCAAAAAAAAAUCCCCAGUCAUUUGUAAAUAAUUACUUUUUACGUUCUAUAGAUUUUGUUCUUAAUAAUAUUGACUGUAUAAAUAUGACUAAAUAACAAUAUACUUGUUAUACAAAUAUAUUGAUAUAUUGAUGAUGUGUAAACACUAAACAUAGGAGAAAAAUUAUCAACAUUUUGUUCAGACUUAUUUGUUUUAUAGUCAUUUCAUAAUUUGUUAUAUCAUUUAUGAGAGAAGUUUAUUAUAAGGUUUUAAAAGAUCUGAUUUCAAAUGUGUAUUGAAGGAUCAUAUGACUGGUUAUGUAUUAUUAGGAUUUAGACAUUUUUAACAAUUUAAAUUAAAUUGUUAUUUCACUGCUAUAGAUAAAUCAAUACAACUUUCUAUUUAUUUUGAAAUUAUUAAAAUAAUUUAGUUUUAUAAGUGUUACUGCACAAUACUGUGUAUAAUAUUUUUUGAUGUAUUUUGAAAGACAGUAUUAAUAAUUAAAGAUAAUAGAAAAGAUUACUAAAUUAAAUGUAUACUAAUGAAUACCUAUGUGAUUAUUAUAUAAAAUUAAUUUUUAAAAACAGUAUUAUAAACAAUAGAUUUGUUAGUCUUAUGAAUAAAAAAAAUAUGUUUAAAUUUUGUUGCUGAUUUUCCAUUACUGUUUUUAGACCGAGUUAUCAUAAUUUUCUGUGAUUAAUGAUCUGAAAAAUUCUAAUAUAAGACUAAGUAUUCAUAGUUCUAUUUUAGAAAGUACUUUAAUUUAUAGUUGCUUAAUAUUUACUUAUCUGUCUAUAUAAAAUUGAAUGAUUCUCCUUAAUAUGUAUGAUGUCCAAAAGCUGAUAAUUAUAAUACAUUAUAAAAAAAAGUUAUUUUCUGUGUAAUGUAGUCAAGUUUAAUUUAAAUCAUUUCUCAAAAGUUAAGACAAAAAUGAAAAUGAUGAAAAUCCAUAAUGUAAUGUGUUAUUAAUUAAAUAUUUAAAUAUGUACUAGAUAUUAUUAGUAUACUAUUAUUUAUCAGUUAUACUAGACAGUUAUCUUUAAAAAUAAUCUGUACUGUAUUAUUCAGAAAUUAGUUCUUCUCUUAAUUUUUAAGUCUUAUAUCUACACAUUAAAUUUGCUGAUUUCAAUAAGCUUCUACUCUAUAACCAGUGGUAGUUUUGAUUUAGGGGAAGUGGUUGUCAAAAUAUCAACCUCUUCCCCUCAAUAAAAUUACUAUCUAGGUAUUAAGAUACGGGUUACAUUAAUUCAUAAUAUAAAAAAAACCGCCAUUGUCUUUAACCUAACCUUAUCUUGAGGUACUUUCAUUAAAGUAACCAUAUUUUUUCAUGUAUACUGAAUUUAUAAAAAUAUACCUACCAAUAUUUUUGUUUAUAUUAAUUUAAUAUUUAUUAAAACAAUGUUAAAUUUAGUAAUUAAGUCCCAUUUUCAUUUUAUUUAAAAAUAGUAAUAUUUAUACUGUUAACAACUAGUCUUCCUUUAUUGUUUUUAACUAUGCUGUUUUGAAUACAAAAAUAAUUUAUAUAAAUUAACCAGUAGGUAAUAUUGUUAAUUAAUACUUAAAUCUUUCAGCAUUAUAUCUAUUUCUAAUUAAUUAAUGUUACUAUCAAUAUAUUAUAUAUAACACAAACCAAUGUAGAAAUAAAUUAAUAAUAGUUUUUAGGUUGCUUAUGAGGGUUUAUACUAUAUUGUGCUGUUUGAAUGAUAUACUUAUAGUAUUUUUUUUUUUUUUAAUUCUAUUUACGUCUUUAGUUUUUACAAGUGAUGCUUUUUUUUUGUAUCACAUUAUUUAUAAUUUCUUAUAUAAAACUUAUAUAGCUAUUAAACAAAUAUUGUUAUUUUA